AUGCUUGGGGAGGUCGCAGUGGGUGCUGGGAUGACAUUGGGGCGUAAUGAAAGUAACAGUAGGAUUGAAGGUCGAACUAGUCAGCACGAUCUACUCUGCAGUAUAGCAGAUGGGACAGGUGUUAGAGUAGCUGACGGCUUCAACCUGAACUUGAAUCCAAAUUUGAGGAGCUCACCGCGACUCGCGAGGCAGCAAAGUAUGACCGGGACCUCGAACCUGAGAGACGGAAAAGAGGCUGCAGCAGCUGCGGCCGCGGGGAAUUCUUCUGCCCCAGAGCCCGAAAUGGUCGGCGUCCCUACCCUAGCGGAGCUGGAGUCUAAAAGCGAAGAGUACGACAAGAUAAUGCAGGCAGCGAGUAGCGACUGGACAAUCUCAAAUGCCAAGAAACGAGAAAUGUCUAUCGAGCGCGUGACGUUGCGCAGUGAACUCGUCGCCGCUAGAAGGGAGGCUUUAGCCAUAAAGCAGCAAGAGGAAUGGGCAAAGGAAGAGCAAGCAAACGCAAACGCCGAUGCAGGCGCGCACUCGCGAUGA